UCAGUGCGCCGCCGGGGUCAGGAUGUCCGACGGCAGGGUCCCGGGCCUCGGGCCCACCCUGCUGCUCACACUGCUGUGCGGCCUUCUCUGGACCAGCGCUUGGGAGACUUCAUCCAAGGCCAAGUGUCGCUUUUUAACCUGCCCUAAAGGAUACGAGUGCUGUGAAGAGGGAUGCUGCCCCAAGUCUUUCUUCAUGAGCCCCCUGAGGAACUUCCUCAUCUGCCUCUUUGUCAUUGUGCCCAUCCUGUGCUGCUGCGGUAUGGCUAAGCACUUCUGCAUGAAGCGCUACCACAGAGCGCUACAGCAGGGCCAAGAGGGGGCUCACCCGCAGCCCCCAAGCCCAGCCGCCACUGCCUCCCCAGAAGAGAUCCAGGCAGCCAUCUUCGGGCCCCCUCCCCCCUACAGUGAGGUGUUUCCGAAGCCCACCCUGUCCCCACCUCCCAUGGAGCCCCCACCUCCCUACAGCCUCAGGCCUGAGGACCACACCAGCAUGCAGGGUGGCAUCGACAACCUGGCCUCUGACCUGGCACUUCACCGGUGACCCUCGGAGCAAGCCAGGGACAACUGGGACUCCCGAAGAUGCUGUUUCAGCAGGGAAAAGCACUCAAAGCCCAAGGACAAAGAAGUGAUGGGUAGGGGCCGGGAGAUAGCUCAGUAGAAUAAGCACUUGCCAAGGGCCUCAGUUUAAUCCCUGGUUCCUCCAUUAAAAAAAAAAAAAAGUGAUGGGUCCGGCCCAUGUGGACAGUGACUGAUUCACCAUGGCGUCUCCACAAGGCAGCAGUGAGCCCGGAACAACUACCGCCUCUUCUUGCCAGCACUCCCUUCAUCCAGCGAGCCAAGAUGAUCUACCUCCAGGACGAUCUCCAAUGAGCGCUCACAACGUCAUCACCUCACUUCCCAGGGUCCCGCCCCCUUUAGGAACCUAUAAAUACAGCUGCCCUCCACUGGUUGGGCCCCGAGAGUUCCCGUGUCUUCCCCAGCAGGCCUCCCGUGUCCGCAAUAAAAGUCUCUUUUA